GCAGACGACGCGGACCCCGCCCCCUGAGUGUCAGUGAGCACGGUCAUACCGUAGUAGAAGUAUAUGAGUAACGACGAUGGCGGACGCACCGACAGCCUCACAAUGUCAGCAGGCUCCUCGCGGGAGGCCCCAUGUCCGCGGGAUAGAUAUCAUGAGAGACCCAAACCUCAACAAGGGGUUGGCGUUCAGCCUACGGGAGCGCCAGGUACUUGGUCUGCACGGUCUGUUGCCCCCGGCGCUGCUGGACCAGGAUCACCAGGUGUUCCAGGUGAUGCAGAACUUCUACAGGUGGAACGACGACCUCGACAGGUACAUCUACGUGAUGGCGCUCCAGGACAGGAACGAGAAGCUCUUCUACAAGGUUGUCACCCAGUAUGUUGAGCUGAUGAUGCCCGUCAUCUACACGCCAACGGUCGGACUCGCCUGUCAGAAAUACGGCAUGAUCUUCAGGAAACCGAGGGGUUUGUUCAUCACCAUCCAUGACCGCGGGCACGUCAGCGACAUACUGUACAACUGGCCAGUGGAUGACGUGAAGGCCAUUGUUGUCACUGACGGAGAACGAAUUUUGGGCCUUGGUGACUUAGGGGCGUAUGGAAUGGGCAUACCCGUGGGUAAGCUGUCCCUGUACACCGCCCUCGCGGGUGUCAAACCUCACCAGUGUCUCCCCAUCACGAUCGACGUCGGAACUGAUAACCAGACCCUUCUAACGGAUCCGCUAUACAUCGGCCUGAAACAGAAGCGAGAACGAGGUCCGGCGUACGACGACUUGGUGGAUGAGUUCAUGGAAGCGGUGGUCGAAAGGUACGGCAAGAACUGCCUAAUUCAGUUCGAAGACUUCGGCAAUGCCAACGCCUUCCGACUCCUUGACAAGUACAGAGGGUCCUACUGUUCCUUUAACGACGACAUUCAAGGUACGGCAGCCGUGGCUGUCGCGGGCAUCCUAGCCAGUGUCAAGAUAACAGGAAAAGCACUGGUUGACCAGAAGUUCGUCUUCCAAGGAGCAGGGGAGGCAUCCAUAGGGAUUGCUUAUCUGUUGGUGAAGGCGCUUCAAAAGCAAGGUCUGUCGCAUGACGAGGCUGUGUCGAGGAUCUGUAUGGUCGAUUCCAGGGGUCUUAUUACAAAGAACCGCCCAAAGGGAGGUGUGACAGCUCACAAGGCUCACUUCGCUCAAGUGCGAGACCCUAUCGACACCCUGGAAGAGGUGGUCGCCAUUGUCAAGCCAACAUGUAUAAUAGGCGCAGCUGCAGUCCCUGGCGCCUUCAGUGAGCAGAUACUCAAAGCCAUGGCGGACUUCAACCAUCGUCCCAUCGUAUUCGCACUCAGUAACCCAACAAGCAAAGCUGAGUGCACAGCAGAACAGGCAUACACAUUUACUAAUGGCCGAGCAGUGUUUGCCAGUGGGAGUCCAUUCAAGGCCGUGACAGUUGGCGGCCAGACCUACCAGCCGGGGCAGGGCAACAACGCCUACAUCUUCCCCGGGGUGGGGCUAGCAGCCAUCGUGUGUGACAUAAGGAACAUCACCGAGGAAAUCUUCCUGCACGCCGCCGAGCGGUUGUCUGAACUGGUAACCAAGGAGCACCUGUCAGAGGGCCGCGUGUACCCCCCUCUCUCCGCCAUCAGGGAGGUAUCCACCAGCAUCGCCGUUGCCGUCAGUGAGUUUGCCUACAAGGCCGGUCUCGCCUUACUGCAGCCUGAGCCCAAGGACAAGAGGGCAGCCAUCACAGAGAGCCAGUACUGCACAGAGUAUGCCGACUUCGUGCCCCCGGUGUGGGACUGGCCGGCUGGCCAGUCCUAGUAUAGCUACAGAACAUUACUGUAUUGAUGCAAAAAUGGGUAUGAAGCAUUACUUUAUCGAGACGUCCUAAUGCUGGGGUGUAACGUUUAACUUGUAAGGGGCCAGAAACAUUAUCAUGAUGGCACCUACAUAAAGUCACGCAUUUCUAUGCUUAACCCAAAAGUAUAAAAUAUGCCAUGGGGAAACAUAAGGGUCUGACGUGUAUGUAAGUUUAGGUUCGACAUGCACAUACAUAGACAUGUCCCUUGUAUAAAGAAGGAGGCAAUUUCUCAAUAUUUCAAAACUGGAAUUUUGAUUGUUUCUAAUGUAAACUAUUACUUGUAAACUAAAUAUGAAUAGAUGUUGUCUUAGGAUUGUGUAUUGUGAAUUGUUCGGUCAUUCCAUGUCAAUGUUUAUCUAACGAUAUAUCUCUUGAAUGCGUUAUUGCUUGUUAUUUAAUGAACAUGUUUUACACGUU